AUUUAAUCUGUGGUGGUCUUUAUCAAAUCAAAUUGUCAAUGAUCUGUCCAAGACCAUCUGUCCAAUUGUGUCUGACCGAUCGCCAAAUAAUUGCACGAAACUACAAUUACUUUGUUUGUUUUAAGUUUUAGGGUUAUAUAAUAACUACUUUAAAGAGUUUAGUUCUUGAUUUUAAAGUGAAUUCCGAGGCAGCGAGGUUUUUAAAUGCUUAAAGAAUAGUAACAAAAUGGGAAGUCAUAAUAGCCAUGAAAAGUCUUCAGGCGAAGGAGGUAGUGGUUCCAGCACUCCUCGGGGAUCGCAGCGAGGUACACGGUCAGGAUCAAGUGGGGAACUGCCCGAGAAGAUAGAACCUCCCCAAACCACAUCAAUGGUACCUGUUGAAAAACUUGCAAAGUUGCUGGUUCAACGCUCACAAAAAGAAGAUGGCGUCAAUGGAGUUACGGAAAAUUGUUUCACUAAAUACCUGUUCCCAAUGUAUCCGGAUUUGGCGAGACACUUCUUCAAAUAUCUACACAAAACAGGCAAAUGCAAGAACAAACAUAUAAAUCUGUCGACGUUCAAACAACAAUGCGAACGUAUUAUGGCCAUGCUUGAUGACAAUGCUAUUAUUGAGGCUUAUGUCAGAAUGUUUACUUCAGAUUCGGAUGAAAGUAUUGUAACUCCAGAUGGUUUAAAAAAUCUACUCUAUAUAAGUUACAAAUUGUCUAUGGACCAUUAUCCUGAAGGGCCACAGACGUGUCUAAUGAUAAAUAAAACCUUAUCAGCGGUGAUCAAUGGAUGUUUUAAUAAGAAAGACACGCAUAGUGUUGGUUUCGUGGUGCGUUGGUUGGGAGAGCAUUGUCAUAGAUUAAUAUUUCCAGUUCACAGAUACUGCGUCCACAUGCUAGCAACACGUCACCGUGACAUCGAAGCGCACGUGGAAUCAAACGGUUCUGGUGCGGGCUUAGAACUGGCGACUCCGGUGUUGGAGCGCGGCGCGUGGCACGCGGGCUCCGGUGCUCUCCUGCCCGUCUCAGCCGCCUGGCUUCUAGCCGCCACCGCACCACCGGUCUACUCCAGACCGGCGAAGCCUCCUCCAGCACAACACACGGGUGGUGGGUCUGCAGCAGCGCUGUGGCUGGCACGGCUUGUAUGCGCGGUGCCCUCACACUGGGCUCCCCUCUACGCCUCGCGGGAACACGGCCUUGGUGCUAACCGAUUCUUACAUCACACGCUCGCAUACAGGGGUCCAACACUAGUGGUGGUUGCGGCAGAGGAGAUAACAGCUGUGAUAGCGUGUCCGCAAGAAUGGAAAGAAACACACCAGUACUGGGGCGGACCAGACUGCGCUCUUAUACAACUCUAUCCCACAUUCGCAGUAAUAGAGCAAGCACCAAAGAUGCUCUACCUCAACACAUCAAUCCGUGGCUAUCCGCGCGGCUUACGAGCUGGUAGUGACCCGCGGAAACCACUGUUGUGUGUCAAUGAUGACUUUGACUCCUUCACCUUCCAGGGCGUGCCUUACACGAUACAGGCUAUCGAGGUAUGGGGCUGUGGUGACCAAACGUCUAGAGAAAACCAGUUAGAAGUUAAGAAAUGGCAGGUGCGCGAGGCAGAGAGGCAAAGAAACGUCAAACUAUCCGCAGCUGAUUGGAUAGAACAUCCCGAUAGAUAUCUAUUAGAGCUGGCGGGUAGACCGCAAUACAACACUUCGGCAAGCUAGUAAUCUUACACUGCAGCCCCCGGAGAACACUGCAGCUUAGGGAAACGGUACAUCACAAACACAAAUAGAUAGAUGGAACAGACUGGAGUCAGUUGGAACCUGCUGAAGUCAGUUGGAACAUUCCGAAGUCGGUUGGAACAUACUAAAGUCAGUUGGAACAUACAAAGACAGUUGAAGCAUACUGAUGAUAGUAAGAACGUACUGCAGUUAGUUUAGACACGUUGAAGUUAGUUGUAACAUACUGCAGUCAGUUGGACCAUACUUGAGAUAGAAAUAAAUUGCAGUGUCAGGGGAUGUACUGCAGUGAAUGCGAAAAAAAAGUGUUUAGAAAUAAGGGACUGUUAAGUGAUCUUAAAAUAAUUUUAAGGUUAAAAAAAAAAUCGACUAAGUCAGUGCCUUUUUGCCGCUUUAUUUUUGGUCAAAAGAAGUAGAUUUUUUUGACGAUUUUAAGAUUGAAAUAUUUGAAUCUAAUGCCUUCAUUUAGUUCAAUAAUUAAAACGCAAACUUUC